AUGGAGAUCAAGACCCCGCUUACACCCGCGGUGGAGCGGCCCAAGUACGAAACUCAGCGCGAUACUCCAAAGGCCGAAGACAACGUUGAUCCAUCGCCAUCGGACAAAUCGCCGUCUGAGAUUCAACCGUUGGAUCUAGCGUCUGUCGCAAGUGAGGAGUCGGAUAUGUCGUCUAUCGCAGAUGAAGACUCUAUAUCGUAUGCUGUAACGGUCAAGGAGGCGCUAGAAGAUCUCAAUCAGGCAACGCCAGACGUGUGGGCGACUGAUCCGUCGUUUUGGGACGGAACAUGUGACCGAAAGAUGGCUGUACUACCAGAAGUGCCUGUGACGACAAAAGAUGUGAAGAUCGAGGACAUUCAGCUAUGUGGAUCUGAUAAUCAGACCCCAGAAGAAAUUGAUCGACUUCGCCAAACGAUCUGGAAGUUCCGACAUCUCUUGAUCGGCAAAGUAAAUGCCCUCCCGCCGGCGACUAGAGGUGUGGUGUGCGAUAUCGACGUCGGAGGAGCGAGGCCUAUCGCCCUGACGUGUCGUAAGUUGCGGAGCCAGUUCAGGGAGAAGCUGGCAGACUUGAUCAAGGGUCUGUUGUCCGCCAAAAUGAUCAACUACUCUAGAUCACCAUGGGCUUCCCCGAUCGUGCUUAACUCAGCUAAUGAGCUAUCCAAUGCCUUGAUCAACGACCUACUCGAAGAUCUGGAGUCGACACUUUGGUACUGUUCUUUGGAUAUGUGGAACAGGAUGGCUUUCGGCUUGAAGAAUGCGCCCCAGACCUAUCAACGUAUGAUCGACAACGCGCUAUAUGGGUUCACCCGGAUCCCGAAGUCUGAAGACCACGGAGGUACUUCGGAUGUGUUUGAGGACGGGGAACCGGUGGGUCCAGGCAAGCCAUCGGUGCUUGGGCGUAGUUCAUAUAUCGACGACAUCUUGAUCCCAGCCAAUAACUGGGAUCAACUAUGUGAUCGAGUCGAAGGUUUACUCGAAGCGUGUGAUAAGUUGAAUCUGUCGAUCAGUGUGGUCAAGGGUUUCUGGGGAAUGCCUAAGGUGGAAUAUCUGCGUCAUAAGUCAUUUUUGGGAAGUCUGAAGUAUUACAGCCGGUUCAUUGAAGACUAUGCGAUUUAUGCGUCAGCUCUGUAUGAAUUGCGAGAAAUCGACUUUGCUGCGAUGGUGAAAGAGGCUACUCAAGCGCGGAUCCAACAAGUGUUGGAAGCGGAGAACGGGGAUCGAGGAUCACAGGAAGUGCGCUCAACACUCAAAGCCAAGAUCGCUACUACUCCGGUCCUACGGCACUUUGAUCCAGAACGGAGGGCCAUGGUUGUGGUAUAUGCUAGGGAUUGGGCCAUCUCGGGAUCAUUGAUGCAGGAAUACGACCAGAUCAAUUACCCCGUGAUGUUUGCGAGCCACACUCUGAAGUCGAAUGAACUAAACUAUGGCAUCGCGGAGAAGGAGGUAUUAGCCUUUCUGAGGAUCCUGGAUCUUAACUACAACGCACUAGUCGGACGCCCGAUCCACGUACGCGAGGAGGAGCUAUACGUCGUUAGUUUCUAUGGAUCUGCUCGCGUCAAAAGAGGCUUGACGGUGAGCGAGGCGGAAUACCAUGGGCUAUUGCUAUGUUUGGAUAUGUUGGAAGAUCUGGAUCCGCGACGUCUGGUGAUCUGCGGAGACUCGAACCUGGUGAUCCGACAAGUACGAGUGAAAGUCGAAGACAAGAUCGCACAGAUAUCAGAUGUGACGACCCGAUCUAAGGCUAGAUCGGGAGUGCGUAUUGGAUCUGAUCCAGGCUCCCUACGAGAAGAGGUCGUGAGAGAGCUGCGGAUCGAGCGAAUCCGACAAGCACAGGAUGAGAAGUCGUGGAUCAUGGGCUUGAAGAAGUACUUGAUUGGGGAGAUCCGGGAUCUGACACAAGAAGAGGCUAAGAUGUUUGGAUCUAUUGCUAUGAAUUAUGAAGUGAAUCAGUUGGAUCUACUCUUCUAUUGCCCGACAACUAAAGAAACCGCUGCAGAUCGAGAUAAGUUGAUGCGACUGGUGAUACCUGAGUCACUUCAACAGGACAUUUUGCAUCACUAUCACACGAGCCUACAGGGUGGCCAUCAAGGGAUCGGUCGCACCUACGAUCGGAUCCGUGAUCAUUUCACUGGAGAGGGCUGUACAAUAGUGUACAGCGAUAUGUGA